ACCCUUAAAAAUCUCUCAAGUUGAAAGGUGUGAUCUUUAAGAUGGGUUUUACUUGUUUUGGCUGCUUCAAUUCCAGCACAAGGAAGAACAUAAAGUCUCAAGAUGAAGGAAUCGUGGCUAAUAAUGUAAGGCUCUUCUCCUAUAACUCAUUGAGAUCAGCAGCCGAUAACUUUCAUCCAUCUAACAAAAUUGGUGGAGGUGGCUAUGGAAUUGUUUACAAGGGAGUUCUUAGAGAUGGAACUCGAGUAGCUAUCAAAUCACUUUCGGCUGAAUCAAAACAAGGGACUAAAGAAUUCUUAACGGAGAUUAGCAUGAUCUCAGAAAUCCGACAUCCAAACCUUGUUCAAUUGUUGGGUUGUUGUGUAGAAGGUCAUAGGAGGAUAUUGGUAUAUGAAUAUCUUGAAAACAACAGCCUUGCUAAUGCUUUACUUGGUUCUAAAGGUAAGCGAAUUUCUCUUGAUUGGCAUAAGAGAGCUGCUAUAUGUUUGGGAACAGCUUCUGGUAUGGUAUUCCUUCAUGAGGAAUCAGACCCACCAAUUGUUCAUCGCGAUAUAAAGGCUAGCAAUAUACUUCUCGAUGAAAAUUGUAUUCCAAAGAUUGGAGAUUUUGGCCUUGCAAAGCUUUUUCCAGACAAUGUUACUCAUGUUAGUACCCGUGUUGCAGGAACUGUGGGAUACCUAGCUCCGGAGUAUGCAUUGCUAGGCCAGCUUACGAAGAAGGCUGAUGUCUAUAGUUUUGGAAUUGUUAUACUCGAAAUCAUUAGUGGCAAGAGCAGCAGCAAGAAUGCGUUUGGAGAGGAUUUGUUGGUCCUGGUGGAAUGGGCGUGGAAGUUGAGAGGGGAAGGUCGGCUUCUAGAAAUGGUAGAUUCAGAACUAAUGGAUUAUCCAAAAGAUGAAGUGAUAAGGUUUCUUAAGGUAGCUCUGUUUUGCACACAAGCGGCUCUUAACCAAAGACCGGGCAUGAAGCAAGUAGUGGAGAUGCUCACAAGGGAUGUUGUUUUGAACGAGGUUUUGUUGACUGAGCCGGGGACUUAUAGGACAAACAACAAUUGUCGUAGAUCAAGUGAUAAGAAUUCAUGCAACGGAAGUAAUGCAAAUUUGAAUGAUUCUUCUGAAAAUGUUACAGAAGUGAUUCCUAGAUGAUUGAAUCUUUUAUUAUCAUUGUUUCUGAAAUUUCUCUUGUAUAUUGGACAAGGAAAUUUUAACACUAAAGUUAUAUACAAUUCAAUUCACAACA